UUACGGGUCCUUCAUCGUGUUGGGUCCUAAAGUGAUGUUGCUCCACGUGAGUCUGGUAAAGAGCCGGAUGAUUAUGUUGUAAUUUUUGAACUGGGUUUUAAAUCUACUUCACUUAAAGAUUUUCUUUAACGUCACCGUAUUUAGUGGAUGACAAAGUGAGCUCUCCAGUCGCGACAAUGUCAGCAUUUCGGAAGAAGGUGGACAAUCGGAUCCGCGUCCAGAUCGAGAAUGGUGUGGCGGAACACCACCGGACCUUAUUCGUUGUAGUCGGCGAUCAUGGCAGAGAUCAGGUGGUCAUUCUGCAUCACAUGCUCUCCAAAGCCACCGUCAGAGCACGACCGUCGGUCCUGUGGUGCUACAAGAAGGAGCUGGGCUUUAGCAGUCACCGCAAGAAGCGGAUGCGACAGCUCCAGAAAAAGAUUAAAACGGGUACCCUUAACCUGAAGCAGGAUGACCCAUUUGAGCUGUUCAUCGCCGCGACCAACAUCCGCUACUGCUACUACAACGAGACUCACAAAAUCCUGGGAAACACCUACGGCAUGUGCAUCCUGCAGGACUUUGAAGCCCUGACUCCCAAUCUACUGGCACGUACCGUUGAGACUGUAGAAGGAGGGGGAAUUGUGGUCAUUUUACUGAGGACCAUGAACUCACUGAAGCAGCUGUACACAAUGACAAUGGACGUCCACUCUCGCUAUCGGACAGAAGCGCACCAGGAUGUUGUCGGGAGAUUCAAUGAGAGGUUCAUUCUGUCUCUCUCCUCCUGCAAAACCUGCGUUGUCAUUGACGACCAGCUCAACGUCCUGCCCGUCUCCAGCCACAUUGCCAACAUCAAACCAGUCCCGCCCAAGACCCAGGAGGAGGGGCUAUCUCCACGGGAACUGGAGCUGAAGGAACUGAAGGAGUCUUUGCAGGACACGCAGCCGGUCGGGGUCCUGGUGGACAGCUGCAAGACUCUGGACCAGGCCAAGGCGGUGCUCAAGUUCAUCGAGGCCAUUUCGGAGAAGACCCUGCGGAGUACCGUGGCUCUCACUGCCGCCCGUGGGCGGGGCAAGUCUGCUGCCCUGGGAUUGGCUAUCGCUGGGGCCGUGGCGUUCGGAUACUCUAAUAUCUUUGUGACGUCACCGAGCCCCGACAAUCUGCACACCCUGUUUGAGUUCAUUUUCAAGGGUUUCGACGCCCUUCAGUACCAGGAGCAUCUGGACUAUGAGAUCAUCCAGUCUCUGAACCCAGAGUUUAACAAGGCCGUGGUGAGAGUGAACAUCUUCAAAGAGCACCGGCAGACCAUCCAGUACAUCCACCCGGCGGACGCGGUGAAGCUGGGGCAGGCGGAGCUGCUGGCCAUCGACGAGGCGGCGGCCAUCCCCCUGCCGCUGGUGAAGAGGCUGCUGGGACCGUACCUGGUGUUCAUGUCCUCCACCAUCAACGGGUAUGAGGGGACAGGUCGCUCUCUCUCCCUCAAACUGAUCCAGCAGCUCCGGCAGCAGAGCACAGACAGCCAGCAGAGCCUCUCUGCCGAAAACAAGACCUCCACCUCCGCCCGGCUGGCAGCAGCCCGCACACUCCACGAGGUCUCCCUCCACGAGUCGAUCCGAUACGCCCCCGGCGACGCCGUGGAGAAGUGGCUGAACGACCUGCUCUGCCUGGACUGCCUCAGCGUCCCCCGAAUCAUCUCCGGCUGCCCCCUCCCCCAGACCUGCGACCUAUACUAUGUGAACAGGGACACGCUGUUCUGCUACCACAAGGCCUCCGAGACCUUCCUGCAGCGGCUCAUGGCCCUGUACGUGGCCUCGCACUACAAGAACUCCCCCAACGAUCUCCAGAUGCUCUCCGAUGCCCCCGCCCAUCACCUCUUCUGCCUGCUGCCCCCUGUCCCGCCUACCCAGAAUUCACUGCCUGAGGUCCUGGCGGUUGUACAGGUGUGCCUGGAGGGGGAGAUUUCUCGCCAGUCCAUCAUGAACAGCCUGUCCCGGGGGAAGAAGGCCUCUGGGGACCUCAUCCCCUGGACCGUUUCGGAACAGUUCCAGGACCCCGAUUUCGGCAGCCUCUCUGGAGGGAGGGUGGUCCGCAUCGCCGUGAACCCCGAUUAUCAGGGGAUGGGCUACGGCUCCCGCGCGCUGCAGCAGCUGCAGCUGUACUACGAGGGCCAGUUCCCCUGCCUGGAGGAGUCUGCGCAGACGGCUGCCAGCCAGAUCACGCCCGUCUGCAGCGAGGCGGUGAGCCUGCUGGAGGAGGUGGUCUCUCCCAGGAAGCACCUCCCCCCGCUGCUGCUGAAGCUGAGCGAGCGUCCGGCCGAGAAGCUGGACUACCUGGGCGUGUCCUACGGGCUGACAUCACAGCUGCUGAAGUUCUGGAAGCGGGCCGGAUUCGUUCCCGUGUAUCUGCGCCAAACCCCUAAUGACCUGACGGGGGAGCACUCGUGCGUGAUGCUGAAGGAGCUGAACUCGGAGGAGGAACAGGGCCAGUGGCUCUCCGCUUUCUGGAAGGACUUCCGCCGGCGCUUCCUGUCUCUGCUGUCCUACCAGUUCCGCAGUUUCCCCCCGAGCCUGGCGCUCAACAUCCUGCAGAACAGGAACGCCAAGCAGGACGUCCCGUCAGCGCUCUCGAACCCUGAGCUAGCCGCUCAGUUCAGCCCCUACGAUCUGAAGAGGCUGGAGAUGUACUCCAGGAACAUGGUGGAUUACCACCUCGUCAUGGACAUGAUCCCUGCCGUCGCCAGAAUGUUCUUCCUCAAACAGCUGGGGGACAUCUCCCGCUGUCAGAGUGGUGCAGAAGUGCUUGUGCCUCCACAGUACUUCAACAGCAUACAGGAGACCGCCGUGGAAGCAGAGAUGGCGGUGUCCAAGGAAAUCGCCAUGGAGCCGACCGCCCGGACGCUCGGCGAGGACCUGGAUGAGGCUGCCAAGGAGUUCCAGGAGAAGCACAAGAAAGACAUGGAGCAGAUCAAGGAGAUGGACCUGACACAGUACAUGAUCCGGGGCGAUGAUGAGGAGUGGGAUCAGGUGCUGAAGAAGGCUGGCCAGACCGCCAUCGUCAGCAUAAAGAGUGACAAGAAGAGGAAGCUCGACGGAACCAAAAUGGAGCAGUGGCAGAACAAGAAGGCGAAGAAACAAGGGAAGGACAAACAGGGGAAGGAGAAAAAGGGGAAAUAUGGCAAAUUUGGCAAAUAAAAGCCAGGCCACGCAGUCACAUGAAAACAUGCAGGUGUUAUCAAGUAUGAUCAUGUCAGUGUGAAUUGAGGGGGGUCGACGAUCGAUUUGCUUGUAUCAUAUGAUUUGGGCAAACAAUGCAUUGGCUGGAUUUAACCUGUUGAGUUUUAUUAGUUCUUUCCUGAAUAUAUUUCACAUCACUCUUGUUGGAAAUUCUUUGUAAAGUGACUUUUACAGGCAGAAUUAAUAAAUUAUGAUUUUUUUUUAAAGAAAAAA